AUGGGCGUCAUCAGAAAGAAAACCGUCACCCGGGGCGGCGAGGGUGGUGUUAAAUAUCACUGUGACAUUUGCUCUGUAGACAUUACAUCGACGGUUCGCAUUAGAUGCGCCCACUCCGCUUGCAAUGACUACGACCUCUGCGUCCAAUGCUUUUCUCAGGGAAAGUCCAGUUCGAACCACAAACCCGAAACACAUCCAUAUCGCGUUAUCGAACAGAAUUCCUUUCCCAUCUUUGACCGAGACUGGGGCGCCGACGAAGAAUUGCUCCUGCUCGAGGGUGCAGAGAUAUAUGGAUUAGGAUCAUGGGCCGACAUUGCCGACCACAUUGGUGGUUUCCGCCAUAAAGACGAAGUCCGAGACCAUUAUCUCAAGGUUUACGUCGACUCGCCUCGGUUCCCGCUGCCGAAACGUUGCAGCCCACACGAUAACGAGCUUGCCAACGAGAUCUCGCGAGAAGACUUCCAGGCAAAGAAGAAGCGCAGAAUCGAAGAGCGCAAGGAAGCUGCCAAGAAUGCGCCUACAUUACAACCCAAAACGAAGCCCACUGCCUCAGUGCCGGCAUGCCACGAAAUCCAAGGCUACAUGCCCGGUCGCUUGGAGUUCGAGACGGAAUACGCAAAUGAGGCUGAAGAAGCUGUUCAGCUUAUGCAGUUUGAUCCUGGCGAUGGUCUCAACCCCAGAACGGGCGAACUGGAGCCGGAAAUGGAGCUGAAGCUGACAGUGAUGGACAUUUACAACUGCCGCCUGACACAGCGUGUCGACAGGAAGAAGGUCAUAUUUGAGCACAACCUGCUUGACUACCGUGAAAAUACCAAGAUUGAAAAGAAGAGGAGUAAGGAGGAGAGGGAUCUCCUGAACAAGGCCAAGCCUUUUGCAAGGAUGAUGAACCACGAUGAUUUUGAAAGCUUGUGCCAAGGACUUAUUGAUGAGCUCAACCUGCGACAAGCCAUCACACAACUCCAGGAAUGGCGAAGCAUGAAAAUUGGUGAUCUCCGCAGUGGAGAGAAAUACGAGACCGAAAAGUCGCAGAGAGCACAGAAGGCGGUUCCAAUGGGAUCCAUGGACAGAGAGCGCAUGGCCUCGGCUCAGCGGUCCAAGGCUGCCGCCGUCCCCGACCCCCCGAGCGGGGCCGCUCUUCUUGUUGCUCCCGAACUGCCAAUCCGGUCUGCCCCGACCACCAAUGGCACCAGUGACACCAACGGAGAAAGCAAGCCUCAGACUAAUGGCAACGUCAACGGGACCUCGACAAAUGGCACUGUCAUUGUGGCCAAUGGCACAGGCCCCUCUGGUCCAGUCACGCGGCAGAAGUACAUGGCGCAGGCAUUACCUGGUGUCACGCCUCUCACUCUUACACAAGAGUCUGCGCCGGACCUGCACCUUCUCACCCCUGAGGAAGCUAAACUCUGCGAAAUUGUGCGGUUGCAACCGAAGCCGUAUCUGAUGAUUAAAGAACAGAUUCUCAAAGAAGCCCUCAAGAGUAACGGCACUCUUAAGAAGAAGCAGGCCAAGGAAAUCUGUAGGCUGGAUUCUCAGAAGGGUGGCCGGAUCUUUGAUUUCUUCAUUAACGCAGGGUGGGUUGGCAGGGCGUGA